UGUCGAUGUCAACCCUGCUUCCGGACCCUUCCUACUCGGACUGGUUCUGUUGGGAGGAGGUGGCCAACGGAUUAUACUUGAUCCGUGAGCGCUUUUUCGAGGCAGGGAAGCGGACCAAUAUUUGGCUGCUGCAGGGCUCCCAGCGGGACCUGGUGAUAGACACAGGCCUGGGCCUGAGGAACCUGCCCAACUACCUGGUCUCCGUCGGCCUCAUCGGCCACAAGCCGGUUCUCGCUGUGGUCACUAACAUCCGCUUCGACCACUCGGGAGGCCUGCACCACUUCGACAGGGUGGCCGUGCACAGAGCGGAGGCCAACGCCUUGAUGCGGGGAGACAACUUCGAAACAGCGACCUGUCUGUAUGACUGGGAGGUUAAAAGGCCCCCUCACCGGGGCUGGAGAGCCAAAAAUUUUAAAGUACACUCUGUGGCACCUGACCGGAUACUAGACGAUGGUGACAUUAUUAAUCUUGGAAACCGUCAGCUCACUGUUCUACACAUGCCUGGUCACUCCAGAGGUAGCAUCUGCCUUCAUGACCAGGAGAACCGCAUUCUUUUUAGUGGAGAUGUAGUAUACAAUGGAACUCUGAUUGACUGGCUCCCUUCCAGCGAUGUCAGUGACUACGUUCAAAGUUGCAAACGUCUAAUGACUCUAGUGGACAAGAACCUUGUGAUAAAAGUGCUGCCAGGUCAUUUUGACACCUUUGAUGCUGAAAGACUUUACAAUCUGGCCUCAAACUAUGUUGCUAACGCUGGUGUGUGCCAUAAAAUUAUGUCAACUGCUGCAAGAUACAUUGCAAGUAUAGCGCUUUGGUGGAAGAAUUAUGGCAGAUGAGUGGAACAACAAGACAGGUAGUUCAAAUGUUAUCAGUGUUUAAGCUUACAGGUUUCUUUUAAAUAAGAUUGCAAGAGGAAGGAAUGCAUUUAUAAAUCAAAUAAUGCUCUGUUCAUGGGUAGUUUUCAAUUAACACUUACCAUUGGAGGAUAGUGUUUCUGAAACCACCUGUACAAACAUAGGAGUAAUUUGAUGAAGCAAAAA